CGUAGAAUGACUUCAGCAGGAAAAUAGGUGAAUUAUCACACCGCAGAUGUUUUAUGAGUAUUUUGUAACCUGAGCAUGAUAUUGAAAAAAAUUGUAGAUUUGGGGGUGCUUAUUAAAACUAUUUACGUGACAAUGACCUAUGGUCAGGUUUACUUGGUGUUUAAGUUGCACAUUUUGCCAACCCAGUCCAAAUUUAAACUAGUGACAUUUUAACAAAUGUGUAACAAACGUUAACAUAAUUAUUUGUUGCUGAGCAAAAGGAUAUUUAAGGAUAAUGAUGAACUCCACACAGGUUUCUUAUUUCACACUUGCUGCCUACUUUGACACCGGGGGUUUUAAAUACUUAUGUUUCAUGUUUAUUUUGUCUUUGUAUAUGUUAAUUGUUUGUUCCAAUGUGUUGCUCAUUGUGGUGAUCUGUAUGAACAGAAGCUUACAUGAACCUAUGUACCUUUUUCUCUGCAGCCUGUUUGUAAAUGAACUGUUUGGUAGUUCAGGGUUGUUUCCAUUCCUUCUGGUUCAGAUCCUCUCUGACAUUCACACUGUUUCUGCUCCACUUUGUUUCCUGCAGAUUUAUUGUGUUCACACUUAUGGAGCUGUUGAAUAUUUAAACUUAGCUGUGAUGUCUUAUGACCGAUAUCUUGCUAUCUGUUAUCCUCUACAAUAUAACACUCAUAUGACAUCUUCUAAGAUUGCCACUCUUAUUGCUCUCACAUGGUUAUUUCCUUGUUUUGCAAUGGUUGUUUUGCUGUCUUUGACUUCUCCUUUACAGCUCUGUGGGAACAUCAUUUACAAAGUGUACUGUGACACCUACUCUGUUGUGAAGCUGUCCUGCUCUGACACCAAUGCAAUUAACGUAUAUGGACUCAUUGCCACUUUUAGCACAAUCUUUGGUUCUUUACUUUUAAUCUUGUACAGUUACAUGAAGAUUAUUCUAGUUUGUUUCUCUGGUUCUAAACAGACCCGACAGAAAGCGGUCAGUACCUGCACACCUCACCUCGUUUCCCUCUUGAACUUCUCUGUUGGUGCUUGCUUUGAAGUAUUACAGAGCAGAUUUGAUAUGAACAGUUUACCUAAUGUGUUAAGAAUUUUUCUAUCGUUAUAUUUUCUUACUUGCCCGCCGCUCUUCAACCCUUUAGUGUAUGGCCUGAAUCUGUCCAAAAUAAGGGUCAUAUGUAAAAGUCUAAUAUCAAAUGCAGACAAUUAAUAUGAAAUUGUUGAACAGGUUUUCAUAAAUUAAUUAUUUUAUUCUGACUGUUUACUUUAAUGUCAAUCUGUGAUUCCUAUGACACAAAUAAAGUACAUUCACUUUU